AUGUCGAAGCGAGAACUGGAGAGACUAGCGGUUGUUGUAGACGCAGACGCGCCCCGGGCGAAGCGACGACGGGAAGCGACGAUGGACGAGAAGCCGGACGUGGAGAUGCUGGACGGGACGCGAGAGGGAGUCAGUGAGGAGCAGAGGGCGGCGGUGCAGGAGCAAGGCUUGAAGUUGUGGCAGACGGUGAAGGAUGCGGUGGAUAAAGAGGGACGCCUGCUCUCGACCGAGUUCCUUCGUCUUCCUUCCAAACGACAAUAUGCCCACUACUACACCGUCAUCAAGAAACCUGUCUCCCUCGACGAGAUUAAGACACAGCUCAGUGCAGGGGAAUACACGUCUAUAGAGGCCGUGAAGCAUGAUUUCGACACUUGCUUUCGCAACGCGAAACGGUACAACAUAAAGGACAGUCAGAUAUGGCUCGAUGCGAAGGCUCUGCACAAAGUCAUGGCCAAAGAGUAUGCUGAGAUCACAGGAGAUCACAAUGCAGCAGACGAAGGGCACGACGACGAUGGUGGAGGACACGAAGGCGAAGAAGAAGUCGCCAACACAGCUGCCUCGGCGGACGAAGGUGGCUCAAAGCACGUCAAGAAGCCUCCGAACUUGACACGGUUGCUCACGAGCAGACUCCAGAAGCUGGUCUCGAAGACGGACGAGAACGGUAACUCUCUUUCGAGCGAAUUCAUGGAACUGCCAAACAAGAAGCAAUGGGCCAUCUACUACAAGACCAUCCCCAGACCUAUGUCCUUUGAGAAGAUAUUCAAACACCUCAAGCGCAAAGAAUAUCAUACCUCUACCGAGUUCGCGAACGAUGUGGAACUUAUCUUCUCGAACGCCCAACAAUUCAACGACGACCAUACACCUCUUUGGGAGGCGGCAGAGACUCUGAAGGGUCAUUUCCGUCAGCUUGUAUCAGAUCUUCCGCCACCAUAUUCUCUUCCGCAAUACGCUUCCUCUAAACCCACUGGUGGUGCCGGUAAGAUCAAGCUGAGAUUGCCCGCUCAUAAUCCUGGAGCAUCCUCCGUCCCUGCGGCAGGACCGAACCCAGGCGCUCCCACUCCUACGACCGUGAAGAGUCCAAUGGUUCUCAAGGUUCCCUUGAAGAACGGUGCCUCUAUAGCUCCCACAACCCCGGCCCAAGCAGUGGCAUCGUCUUCAUCCAUGGCCCAAACUCCUGCCCCUUUCGCGCCCAAGCCCGCACAAUCCAUGACUCUCCCAGCUGCUCCUUUCACAGCCGCUCCCACUGCACCUCCCCAACCCACGCCACACACGCCUCGACCAACGCAAACGUUCGCCAGUUCAACCCCAAGCUACAUUCAAUAUCCUACAUCAGCCUUCCAACAGCCGGCUUCUACUCCCGCACCGUCAGCGGCACCCACACCUGCACUUCCGCCGAUACAGACCCCUAUCCCGGCACCGCCCAUGGCUUCAUUGCCUGCUAUUCCACGAUCGACCGUCACACCACAUUCUAUGUCCCACUCACCGGCACCUUCUGGCUCUCAACAGUCACAGCAUCCACUCAAGUCCUUGUCGUUGACUAUUAAACCUGUGGGGCGGAAGCUUGAUCUGGAUUAUCUCGACGGAGUGAGGGUUUGGUCGUUACGACUAGUCCCGGGAGAGAUGGGUCUCAAGAUCGGAAAUGUGGCUUACCUCGACGAUGAGGAAGAAGAGAGCAGUGACGACGCAGGCAUGGAGCAUGAGGAAGAGGAGGAAGAGGAGGAGGAAGAAGAAGAAGAGGCGGAUCAGGGAAUGAGUGGAAGAGGUCCAGGCCGCGGACGUGGUGGUACAGACGGUCGAAACGGCGGCGGAGUCAGAAUUAAAGACGGCGUGAAGUUGCCCCCGAAACGUGUACCACCGCCGAUGCAAGUUCGUCUCGACAAGACCGUCGUCAGAGCCAGUGGAGAGAACGAAGAUAAUUGGGAUAUCGAGGUACCCAUAGGCUCGCAUAUCUUGGAACUGGGGGAGAAGGGCGGGGCUGUGUGGAAGGUUUAUAUCCAGAGGAUGUGAGCUUUCGAGCAUUGUUUUUUGGAGCCUGCCUGUGUUACUGGCCAUGGCCCUUUUUCUUGAGGUUGUCUUUGCGCACUGUAUGAACCAUCUGGAACAUUUCAUUAUCCUGAUACACGGCGGCAAUCAGAUCGUAUCGUACAUUAUCACAUUCCU